AUGAUCUGCCACGGCAACCAGGACCUGGAAUUCCGCGAAUUCUGUAGAGUCAUUCUGCGACCGAACUACCACCUCUCCGUCUUCUCCGGAGCCAAGCACAGUGACGUUAGAUGUUUCGGAGACGGCCAAGACAACUACAUGGAUGCCGUCUGUUCGAAGAAAUGA